AGUAAUUGGAAGAUGAGUGAAUUUAGAGAGACAGUGUGUACUGAUGAACAUCAUUCCCUAAGUAUAAGGCAAGCCUACAAGGCAUUGGAUUUUGCUAGGCGUGAUAUAAAGGGUGAUCUUGAAGACAAUUUCAAUAAAAUUUGGAGUUAUUGUUUAGAAAUCGAAAAAACUAAUCCAAAGACCACUUUCAAGGUAGAGGAAUCUGAUUUACAAUAUGAGGGAGGUAAGAAGAGAUUCCUUAGAAUGUAUAUGUGUUGGGAGGCUUGUAAAGAUGGUUUCAAGUACUGUAUGCCACUUAUUGGGGUAGAUGGUUGUCAUAUUAAGGAUAAAGCUGGGGGGAUGAUGCUUACUCCUGUUGGUAUUGAUGGGAAUGAGGGUUUAUUCCCUAUUGCCUAUGCCAUAGUUGAAGGGGAGAAUAAAGAUUCUUGGUACUGGUUUUUGAAACUAUUGUGCACUGACCUUGAGAUUGACAAUGUGUCUCAACGGCAAUACACCUUUAUGUCCGACAAGCAAAAGGGGCUUAUCCCUGCAUUUGAGGAGGUGAUACCUAUGGUUAGUCAUAGGUUUUGUGUUAGGCAUUUGCAUAGUAAUAUGAAGGUGGCUGGGUUUGGAGGUGUUCCCAUUAGAGAUGCCCUAUGGAAGGCAGCUAGGGCCACAACUGUGAGUACUUUUUCAAAAGCUAUGAGGGAGUUAAAGGCAUUAGAUGUUCAAGCUUUUCAAUGGUUGAUGCAGAAGCAUCCUGCAGAGUGGUCUAGAUCCCAUUUCUCUACAAAUGCUAAUAGUGAUAUGCUUGUGAAUAAUAUAUGUGAAAGCUUCAAUGCUAUGAUCUUAGAUGCAAGAGACAGCCCACUCAUACAUUGCCUUGAGAUUGUGAGAAAACAGGUUAUGCUCAGGUUAUUUGAGUGUAGAAAGCAGGCCACCAAGUGGACAGGAAGAAUAUGUCCAGCAAUAGCAAAUAAAAUAUCUAUUUUUGAGAAACAGGCAGGAGGGUAUUGGGCAUACCAAAGUACUGAGGUUUUGUUUCAAGUCAAGGGAGCCACUGACCAACACCAAGUAGACAUUGGAGCUAAGACAUGUUCUUGUAGAAAGUGGGAUCUCAAUGGGAUACCCUGCAGGCAUGCUAUUUGUGCUCUAUGGGUGAAAUUUGGUAAGGCACCGCUCCAUGACUAUGUGGCUGAUUGUUACACAAUAGAGACUUAUAAGAAAGCAUACUCAGGCUGCAUUCACCCUAUGGCUGGGCCUCAAGAAUGGCCACACACUGAUAGAGAGCCCCCACUACCUCCUUUGUUCAAUACUAAGGUUGGCAGACCAAGAAAACUGAGGAAGAAAUCUGCAGGGGAAAUAACCAAAGAUGGAAUUCAUAUAUCAAGAAGGACUGUGACACUUCACUGCUCAACUUGCAAGCUUAUAGGUCAUAACACUAGGAAAUGUCCUCAGAGAAGAAAUAGGCCACCAGCACCUCCAGUGGAUGUGGCAGCAGUAGCAGUAGAUGAUGCUCCUCCAGUGGAUGUGCCACCAGCAGCAGAAGAAGAUGCUCCUCUUGUGGAUGUGCCACCAGCAGCAGAAGAAGAUGCUCCUCUUGUGGGUGUGGCAGCAGCAACAGCAAAUGGUGAUUUUGCAAUGAAUUUCCAGCAGAUGCUAUUUCACGAACAAAUCCAUUUUGCAGAUACACAAGUUGAUCCUUUAUUAAGUGUAGGACACAAUAUUCAAACAAUUGUUGAUGAUGUAAAUUCCCAAAUGACAGGAAUACAAAGUGAGGAAAUGACAAUUACUUCCCAUGGAGUGAAGAUAGGUUUUGGCCAACCUCCAAAACGAAGAAAAAUCAUAGCUCAUUCUACCAAAGGCAAACAAGUUGUGCAAUCUGCUCCUCCAUCCAAUCAAGGACUGCUCAGAAAAAAACCCAAUUGAUAUAGAUAAGGGUGUCUGUUAACUGUAGUUGGAUGUUAAGUGUAGUUGGAAGCUUAUUUUGCCAAGUCUAUGUCUGUUAAGUGUAGUUGGAAGGUUAUUUUGCCAAGUCUUUUGGAAACAAUUAUGAUGUAUGGAUGACAGAUUUAUGCUAUCAAUGACUGUUUUGGAAGCUUAUUUUGCCAAGUCUUUUCGAAACAAUUAUGAUGUAUGGA